AUGUCAAAAGACGAUAAGAAUAAGGACGAUAUUACCAAACUUACCAACAAGUUAGACAAGGUUGUCACAAAAGCGCAAAAGAAACAGGUCCAAGACCAAUUGAAUGGCAAAGCGCCUUCGUCAGCUGGUAACAGCAGCGCGCCCGAUAGUAAAAAACAAGCCGAACUUCGCGCUCAAUUGCAAAACAUGAUGAAAAAUCUCGCUUUAAUGGAAGAAGCGGGAAUGGUGCCUGGUGGUGGUGGUGCGUCGUCGGCUAAAUCCAUGGGCGAUCACCGUUUCUGGAACACUCAACCUGUUCCUCAAUAUGGUGAACAAAUUACGGAUGUGGGACCCAUUGAACCUUCUGUUCCUGUUGAUCAGGUUUCUAAGGAUCCACCACCGCUGCCCAAAGAUUUCGAAUGGUGUGAAGUUGAUUUGACCAAUGAGGCCGAACUCAAGGAAUUGUAUCAACUGUUGACAUUCAAUUAUGUCGAAGACGACGAUGCUCAGUUCCGUUUCGAUUACUCGGCAGCAUUCUUAAAGUGGGCAUUGCAACCACCUAAAUGGAGAAAGUCGUGGCACGUAGGUGUUCGUGUUGCUUCAAACAAAAAGCUGGUCGCAUUUAUCAGUGGUAUUCCUGCCGACAUGCGAACUUUUAAAACCACGCAGCCAUUGACCGAGAUCAACUUUUUAUGCGUUCACAAGAAACUGCGUUCAAAGCGGUUGGCACCUGUGCUGAUCCGUGAAAUUACACGUCGCAGUCAUCUGGAAGGUAUCUUCCAAGCAGUCUAUACUUCGGGCUCUGUAUUGCCAAAGCCUGUCGCAACAUGCAGAUACUACCACCGAUCAUUAAACCCAAAGAAACUCGUCGAAUGCAACUUUUCGCGAAUCCCACAAAAGUGGACGCUUGCACGUAUGAUCAAACAUUACAAGGUGUCUGAACAAACUGCUCUUUCCGGUUUGCGUGAGAUGCGUGAGCAGGAUGCGCCUCAAGUGCGAGAACUGUUGAACAAUUAUUUGGAUCGAUUCGAUAUGGCACCUGUAUUCGAAACGGACGACGAUGUUAAGCAUUGGGUUAUGCCACACAAGGACGUUGUCUGGGGCUAUGUUGUAGAGAACCCAGAGACGAAAAAGAUCACCGACAUGUUUUCGUUCUACUCGUUGCCAAGCUCCGUCAUUGGCAACCCGAAGCAUUCGACGUUGAACGCCGCAUACAUGUUUUAUUAUGCCGUGGAUAUACCCGCUGAACUUAAGGGCAAUCAGGCCGAAGAAGCCAAGUUUUUGAAAAAGAGACUGAGCGACCUGAUCAGGGAUGCGUUGGUGUUGGCAAAGAAGGAAGGAUUUGAUGUAGUGAAUGCUCUGGAUUUGAUGGAUAAUGCCUUGGUCGUCGACGAUCUCAAGUUUGGUCCUGGUGAUGGUUAUCUCAACUAUUAUCUUUAUAACUGGAAGUGUCCGGACAUUGUACGAAACAAAGUUGGUCUGGUCAUGUUGUAG